UCAGCCGGUCGGGGAAGGGACGUUUCGUGGCAAAGAGCCCUCGAGGCCCGACAGAGGCACACGUUAACGUCUUCGCUCCUCUUGCCGCCUUUACAGGUGUUUCAAAGGCUUGAAGACAGAUACAAAGAUGUGCCAGACUGGGAAAACAGCGAGUGCAGUCGUGUCAGGGUUAAUAUGGAUGCUGCUUCAUUCGGCCGUAAUUGCGGAGGAGACGCUGACGGAUCACUGGAGUGCAGACUGGGGUCCUCCGCCAGCAAAUCCAGCAGACUUUGCAAAUUUUCUAUGGUACGGCUUCUCGGCCAACAAAGUCAACUUCACGCAGGAUGACUUGAAGAGGUUAUUGGAAUGCACCACAGGGAAGAAGGUGUGUCAGCCCCUCAGCAAGGAGCCGCCAGUAUCCGUGCUUUCCAAUUGCGAGAUAAACAAAGCCUUAUCUCCAGCGCAAUGUGGUGCUUUGAAAGAGUGCUCAAUCAGUCUAAGCCAAGAGGAGAAUAGAAAUUUAGACGUAGAAGAGUUGCGUGCCUUGCUUCCGGAGGUGUUGUACUUGUCCCAGCAUACAGAAGAGUGUGAGCUAGGAACCUCAAAGCCGGUCAAGACGAAGCCAAAGCCAGCAGAAGUUUGGGGGUAUGGUCUGCUCUUUGUCACACUGAUCUCUGGUUGCUCGUUGGUGGGGGUGUCGGUGCUGCCUCUGAUGGCACACACCUUCUACCAGCAGCUCCUGACGCUCUUGGUUGGUCUGGCAGUGGGUUCUCUGGCAGCUUCCUCCCUCUUCCACCUCAUUCCACAGGCCUUCGAAAUAAAUGCCAGAGAUGAUGGACACCACAGCUACCUCUUCAUAUCACUCUUCGUCUUGUUAGGCAUCUGGGGAUUUUUCAUGGUGGAACGUAUCAUUAAGAUAACAGUGACGCACCAAGCUUUAAAGGAAGAACAAAAUAAAUUUCCAAUCUCAGCAUCAGACCAAGUCAUCCUCUGCGAAAAUGGAGGAUGCGAACUUCAGAGUAACAGCGUGAAGAACGGAGACUUGAAAAACCACAAGCCUUCUGGACCAGUGAAAUCUGAGAGCUUUGAGAGCACAGAUGCAAUCCCUCCAUCAAAAGUUUGUAGUUCAAGAGAUGUUGAACUCAUUUAUGCAUCUCAGGAGCAGGCAAUAAAGGCUUCCUUUGGUCAUAAAGAGCGUCCCAAUACACAAGGCCACAAUCACAAUUUAGAGUUCCGACAAGGGAAGGACUCGGUCAUUAAGACUGUGGCUUGGAUGAUCAUAUUUGGGGAUGGAUUCCAUAACUUUAUUGAUGGAGUGUCAAUUGGAGCUGCGUUCUCAGAGUCCAUAUUGACUGGUAUAUCAAUAAGCCUGGCUGUGAUGUGUGAAGAAUUGCCGCAUGAACUAGGUGACUUUGCAGUCCUCCUGAAUGCGGGUAUGACCAUGAAGCAAGCAGUUGCAUACAACUUUCUUUCUGCAACAACCUGUUAUUUGGGUCUCAUUCUGGGAAUAGUCCUUGGGGAAUUUACCCAGAAUUCAACAGCUAUAUUUGCCUUAGCUGCUGGCAUGUUUUUGUACAUUGCCCUUGUAGAUAUGCGGAGCGAGAAAACGUUUAACAAGGAGAAAGUAUCUGUGUGGAUCUUAGCUGCUGUGAUGCCUGACGUUGAACCUGGCGGAAAGGAGACAUCAUCAGUCAAGAUGAAAAUAAUGCCAUCCCCCUAUGCCUGCAGAUGCGAGAACAGCGAGUUAGACAAGAUCGUCGCUGCCAUGGAAAUCCUCAUGAAAAUGGUCCAUAAAGUCGAAGAAUUAACCCUAAUGGGCAACCGCAUUCAUCUGUUGCCGGGUAGGAUUUUCGGAUCUUUACAGUAUCUGUGA